UGGCAGUUUUUCAAAUUGUCUGAUCAACCAAUCAUUUUGCAACGGUUUGACCUUCAAAUACUCGCAACCCCCAUCGGUGGACGAUACCCCUAAAGCGUUGCCACUACGAUAAAUAAGAUGAAUUUUAAUUAUUUCAAUACUGUUCUCAUCUUUUUGGCGAAUUUCACUGUCUUUGUGUUUGGGGCUUUCCGCAAUGAACAUUGUAUCCUUAUAAAUGUAAUUCUAUAAUCCGUUGACUAUUAUUUUAACUAUGCAUAAAGUUAUCACGUUUAAUAGCUAAGGUCGUCUGCGACUUCAUUGUUCAUCAAAAGUUCCGUAAUGCAAAUUAAGCUUCAACACACAACAUUCACCAACUAAUUAAACAGAAAAAACGGCUGAAAAUACUAGCUAUGAUAAACUUAUUGAACAUUUAAAACAUUAAAUAUUAUCCACAACUGUUUAGCUGUUAUUUUUUUCAUUUGAUUUUCGGUCAUCGAUGGCAACACUUUAUGAUAUCAUUUGACGUACUCACAGGUGCGCGAACAAACCUAUUUGGCCUAAAAAUUGAGGACAAUAUACAUAUAUAUAAAAGCAUUCAUGACCUUGAGGCCCCGAUGCAAGCGCCUAACCUCCAGAAUACUAAGUUGUUAUGCAGUUGUGUACACUCCUAGCUUCAACCAACUUCCGGUUCCGCGGUGGUGUUUUUGUCAUGCUAAACAUAGUUGAAAUUUACUGUCCACUGUCCCUCAAACAUCCUAAAAGCCCUAUAUACAAACACCUCAGGCAGGGUAAGGGCAUACAACCACCUCUCUUCAUUGUUCCACUCAAGUAGUGGGGUUAGGCAGAAUUGCCCAAUCUCACCAUUACUCUUCAACUUUGCCAUCGAUGACAUUCUGGAAACAGCUCUGAUGGAUGUAAUUAAUGGCGGUGUGGAUCUGUUACCUGGAGAAAGACUUCUCGACCUUGAGUAUGCGGACGAUAUUGUCUUACUGUGCGAUAAUGCCCAAGGCAUGCAAUCCGCACUUAAUCAGUUGGCAAUCAGUGUCCGUAGGUAUGGUAUGUGCUUUGCACCUUCUAAGUGCAAAGUACUUCUACAAGACUGGCAGGAUUCUAAUCCUGUACUCACCCUGGAUGGUGAGCAGAUAGAAGUAGUCGAGAAGUUCGUGUAUCUAGGUAGCUGCAUCAGUGCUGGUGGUGGCGUGAAUGAUGAGAUCAAUUCACGUAUAGUGAAAGCCAGAGCGGCUUAUACCAAUCUGGGCCAUCUUUGGAGCCUUCGUGAUGCUAGUCUGGCUGUAAAAGGUCGGAUCUAUAACGCGUCGGUGAGAGCAGUUCUGCUCUAUUCUUGUGAAACCUGGCCCCUCCGAGUUGAGGAUGUUAGACGACUUUCUGUUUGAUCAUCGUUGUCUCUGAAGGAUUGCUGACAUCCAGUGGCAACACCAUGUUAGUAAUGCAGAGGUUCGGCAUCGUGUGUUCGGGCGCAGUGACGAUAAUCCAAUUGGUGUCGCGAUCUUGAAACAUCGAUUUCGGUGGCUUGGACUGAUAUGAUUGAAAGAAAAGUUAAUUUUCGAUUGAUUUACUCAUGAGUUUAGUUCAAGAUUACUUCCGUUUUGAUUCAAUGUAAUGGUUACUCAAUGUAGUAUUUGUUUUCUUUUCUCGUAUGAUAUUUUAUUCUGUAUAAUAUGCGAUAUUCUUGUAUUCCAUUUACAUGAACUAUGCUCGGUCUGUGAUUUGUUAUAACUCUAAGUAUUUUUCAUAUAUGUGAUUUCAUCCUAAUUAUUAAUCGAAAUGGGUGUACAAUCAAUAUAUAAAUGAGUGUAUUGUCUACUACAGUCGUCGUCGUCGUGUUUUGGGGUUAAUAAAUCAUCACUUAUACCAGUCUUUAUGUUCUUACCUUCGCGUCGUGGGAAUUGCAGAGGUCCAUCGUUCCGAGUAUAAGUGAUAAGCGUUUCCGACAUAACAAUCGGCGACGACCGGUUACGAAAAGUAGCAUUAAAAGAUCCAAGACAAUAAGCAUCCAAACGACAAGUUAUAACAUGGACAUGUUUUACGAAUUUCGCCCCAGAGAAUAUUUAUUUUUAUUUUAUUUGAACACAUAUAUAUUGGUACAGGAGUGCGCCAAAUAUAUAUGCGCCACACAAUUUCAGUUCAUUAAUUGCGUGUGGGCUGCGAUACUGCCCGGGUGCCUAGACCGAAGCAGGUGGUUUUCUUAGGGGGCCACACCCCGAGCCUUUGACCUAAGGGUCUAACCCACAAGGCAGUGGAGCAUCGUAAGGAGAUACAGUCCCAUUGUAGCCGGUGACCGAAAAUUGGUUCAUACGCCAUUUGUUCCCGCAGGAUACUGGUGCCCAUGUGCACCAUAGAUUUGGAAUCCGGGUAAAGCGCCGGACAUUCGCUUUUCGUCCUCUCAUUUUCGUAAACAACACCCCCGCCACGAGAAGGCAGUGAGUAGGACUUCCCUGGCAGAGGCUGUAUACGCGUGGCCGUGUGAGAGUAUUUCGAGAGGGAGGGCGAACCCACCCCGCUCUCGGCCAUACCAGGGCGUUUGGGGGCGCCCUAGAGAAUUCCUCGUUGUGUAUUAUUUACCGACGCUGCGACUGGUUGGAAAAAGUGGAGAGGUGGUCAGUUUGUGACAUAGUGUCGUGGUAUGAAAGAAAACUGAAAAGGCUGGCUUCUGUUGGUCCUUCUCGACUCCCUGGCUGGAGUUCUAGAGUUGAUGCAACACAGUGGCUAGAGACGUUAUCAGAUAUGGCUCAGAAUAGAAGCCAGUGGCGAUCCUGCUGUAACCUUCUUUUACUUUCUUCAUAAAAAGUGGUUGUAACUUCUUUAACUGAAAGAAUUCUUUCUGGUUGUACCUUUCUGCCUCCCCUAAUAUUAUUUCACUACCAUACACUUGUUAUUUUUUUUUACACACACCUUACAUUCUUUAUCUCUUCCCAUUCUCAUUGUUUUGUGUGGCGCAUAUGUAUCUGGUGCCUCCUUGUACCAAUAUUUAUGUGUUCAAAUAAAUAAAUAAAAUGAGUAUACUGCAUUUUGGCUGCUAAUUCAGUAUACACUAGUUCAUACUGUCCAAUAGAAACAAUUAUUAUAUAGCUCUACCUUCAUUCACUGUUACCAGUAAGCAUUUGUUUCAGAAUCUAUUUCUUUUACUCAACAUAUCAUAGCUUUUCAACUAAAACUGGGAAAUCCAUUUCUAACCUGUUCAUCGGUUGGUAUUCAUCUAUUUUUCAGUAAAGUGCUCGGCAUGGGUAUUUGUUCGAGUUGAAGACAUCUUUCAUCUUGGGGUAACUCCGGCUGAAGAACUAGGUAUCAAUGAAGAGCUGUUUCAUACUAGGCUGUCAAUGUGUGAAAGAGUAUACCAACACAACUCUCUACACAAAACUGGACCUAACACUUUCACAUCUCGAUUUUUAUUUAAAAACAAUGAAAUUCUCAAAAUUUCGUCGGUAUUUCCACAUAUUCAGAGAGCUAGGAAAAGGUUUAGACUUUACAGCCUGGCAAAUACAACCCUAGUUUUUGAAUAGCACAGUAAAAUAUUUGACAAGCUAUAUUCUUAUGGUCGAGUAGAAAAGAACUCUUAAGUAUAUUUUAGGAUAUUGUUUUAUCAAUAACACGACCAAUCCGACUAUCAUGUCCACACAUACUAAUCACUACUUUAUUAAUCCAGUUGAAUAUUAUUUAUUUCGGAUUCUAUGUUGCUAUCGCACUGUUGUACUUCAUCUCUCUAUAAGUAUACUCCUCUUCAUUACUAGCCAUUUUACUUAAUUACAUAACAAAUAAAAGAUAAUCAAGCUUCUUUUCGUACGAAAAGAGAAAUUCAUGCGACGGAAUUGGCUCGAUUACUGGCCGAAGUACCAUCAGGACGACAAGAUGAUGUCGCUCUGAAAAUUUUUCAAAACAUUAUUAAUAUUCUCCAGGAAUCACGCAAAAUACUAAAUAAUACUGAUAUUAAUUCAGAGACUAAAAAUGAUACAAUAGGACAAGCUUUCGCAUUAACUUUUGAAAAUACAGCUGUACUAUGUGAUUUAAUUCUACGUUUUCCUGAUGUUUAUCAUUCACAUUAUGAUGGAAUUGAUGAGAUAUCUAUAUUAUUAAAAUGGUCAUUUAAUUUAUUACGUGAAUCACAAUUAAUGAGUAAAUCAGAUGAAAAUAUUUUACAUUUAACUGAACAAGAAUUAAAUUUUGUAAUCAGAGAUUCAAAUUAUGUAAAUGAGUUUAGUUCAGAUCAGGUAAAUUUAUUGAAAAAUAUUAUUAGUUUAGGGGUUGUGGUGAUUGUUAAGUUUUUUAUUGAGAUCAUGAACCGAUUGAUGAUCCCGCAAGCGGGAUCGUGGAUACGCACUGCUGAAGAGUCAUACAACAGGACGAAACGGUCGUCCAGUGCUUCCAGAUUUUCAAUAGUGGUCUAACAUCAAUCGGUUCAUGAUCUCAAUCAAAAAAUUAUUAUCUGAUGAUUUAUUUUUCAAGUAAUUUGUUAGUUGUACAAAUGUAAUUCGGAAUUUUUUUAUUUUUGGUAUGAAAUAUUUACAGUACCUGUUAUGUACUACUAAUCAUAGUUAGAAAGCCAAGUACAACUGAACAAUUAUUUUGUGUUUGUACAAAAUUUAUCAUCUUUGAAAUAGUAGAGAAGAUCUGUAGCUCAAAAUGGUAAUUUUGUUAAAGUUACAUUUUUUUGAGCUUGGUAGUUUUCAUUGUCAUUUUAGACAUAAUCAGCGCGAACUUAAAAUAGAAGUGAUCUGUUCAAGUUUCUCCACUUAUGACUAACAGCUACUUCUGUUUCUCUGAUUUUGAUCAUCUUCCCCUCUGACCUGUUUCAAAUUUAUGCUGAUAAUGUUGUCUAAAAAGGCAAUGAUGGCUUUAUGAUUAAGGUAUCCAGCUCAGAGAAUUCAGGGACACCAAAAAGAACCCUUCAAUAAUGUGCUUCCACGACCCUUCAGAUCUUGGUACCGAAUAAGUUAUCUUCAGACCACUGAUUUGGUUAUCCAAUGGUUCAAGUAUCUAAUUCCAGUAGGUUCGCUCAAUAAUAUGAGACCAUUAUCUAAUACCAUCGGGGAUACCUGUUGUGUAUCACCAGCAUUAUCAAACUUUGAGGGACAUUCUCGGAGUUCUACUCAGUAACGAUCAUAUGAUGACUCUUGUUAUCGGUGUAGAGGGAAGAGUGAUGCUACUUACAAGUUGAACAAUCUUCGUAGAUUAUCUAUGUUGUAAAGGGGAAUAUUAUUCUCAGUUAGAAAUUUACUAGUCCAAAAAGACUAGUUUAUGACUAAUAAAUCAGUUAUUUUUAACAUUGAAAGUGACUAGCUGAUUGACAUAUCAACAUUGUUUAAUGUGAUCUCUUUUCUAGUAGGUAUGAUCGUGAAUAGUUUGUUCCCUUUGUUUCUUUCAAGGGUUGUAGUGCAGUGUCUAACGACCCCAUUUCAUAUGCGUUAAUUGAGACGAUUGGAUAAUAUUUUAUUAGCUCUUUACGCAUGUAAAUUGAGACAUAAAACAGAGUUGUAUCAGAAUUAAAACUCUUUAGUACAUAUUACCCGGUUAUACGCGUAUUCAAUUGACGAGACUACCUCUGUGAUAAAGUGUGUUAGCUGCCGUGCUGAAUAUUUUCAGCUCAAAUCGCUGAGUAGUUAUGGAAUCCUCAAAGAAUUAAGAAUAUCCAGUGAACCUAAUCAGCAAUAACUAAAAAUCCUAAACUUAAAAGGUUAGUUUGUUGACUGAAGUAAGCCAGUCAAAGACAUAAUUAUGUUCAAAUCUAAUGUUCGUUGAUCAUUUGAAAUAGUGUAUACUAUGAAUUUUUAUAAAAAUGGAUUGUAUCAUACAUAAAUUACAAGACGUAAAAUGCAUAAACAACGUAAUUUGACAUGUCUUAGUGACUGAUUGUCAUCAGAAUACAAAUUUAGGUGGUUUUUGAGCACAGAUCGAGGAAAAUCUAUCCUUCCAAGUGAAAUCGUCAAAGUGCAUUACAUAUCAAACAAAUUGAUUUCAAAGUUAGUGGUCUAAAAUUGUGUUAACUACAGACCUAAUGAUAUUAGUUAGUUCAAUUUUAUCUCGAAACAUGAAUUCACAUCACUGAGUAGUAGUUAUGAUAAAUGAAAGUAAUUGCAGCAUUUAGUGUAAUAUAUGAACUACUAGCACCCAGACCUGCCCAAUACAUACUUUAGUAGUCACGAAUGUACCAAGAAACGAUGAUGAUAAAAAGACCAUACACACAUGUAAAUGUAUUGUAUCGUAAUUGGAAUUAAGCAUUCAAUAAAGUACAAAACAAUCGUCGUUUUAUACAAACAUAUCAGUAAUCCCACACUAUGACAAAACAGCUAAGCUACUCAGUUUGUGUGUGUGUUGCUUGAUUUUCAUUGGUAUCUCCCCUAACUGACUACAGUUUGUUUUUCGUUUAAAUUUGUAUCAAUCUGCCUGUUUCUUUUCUUCACCUCGUAUUAUCGCUUUAUUUAUUUAUUUAUUUUUAUAGAAAAUGAUUAGAGAGAAACUGAGAGCAGAAUCAGCACGUAAAGCGAAAAAAUCAAGUGUUAAACGUGUCAAGAAACCUCGACUUACACCAGUUCGAAGUGAACUCUAAUAGUUUAUUUAAAUGUCCCCUAUACAUAUAUGUACACAAAUGCAUAUGUAUAUAUGAUUAUGAUUUUUUUCUAACUUUACGUUUUCCUUCAUAAUUCACUACUUUUGAUGAUAUCAUGGGUGGUGCUCUUAUCGACAUAAUCUUAUUAUUAUUAUUGUCUAUAAAUCUCUCUGUGUUUGUGCUUGCCUAGUUGAAUGUAGUACUAUUCAAGGAAUUUCAAAGUGUUCAUAUCGAAACAUAUCUAUCAUCAAUUAAUAAUGAAGUUUGUGGUCAUUGAUUACAAAUAACUAUUUUUAUGUCUGUGCCUGGGACACUGAAAUUCCUAGUUGUUUUUACUAAUUCAAUGUUCUGAUAAUUGGAGAACAUAAGCAUACAAACUUACAUUCAAAUAUAGUCUGUUUGCUUUUUGGGUUUUGCUAUUACUUGUAAAAUUUGAUAACUUCAUUUAACUCUUGUCACUCUUCAGUGUACUGUGUAGUAUAUAACUUGUUGGAUUAAUAUAAAAUUCUGUUUGUUAAUUGUUUCUGUCUUGUUUUUUUCUUUUUACUUUUCUUAAAUAUCUAC